AUGGGGGACACCUUUCACUUGUACUGUGUCCCCGUCGGCUUGGCUCUCGUAUCAUUGCUUCUUGUGUUUGCGAGGUACAAGCGUUCGGCGGCGCAUGAGCUGCGGCUGCCGCCGGGGCCAUGGAAGCUGCCCGUCAUUGGCAGCUUACACCACCUCGUCGGGAAGAAGCUCCUCCACCGCGCUCUACGUGACCUGGCCCUGCGCCACGGGCCGGUCAUGCUGCUCCGGCUAGGCGAGGUACCGACGCUGGUGGUCUCGUCACGGGAGGCGGCCCGCGAGGUGAUGAAGUCUCUGGACACGACGUUCGCAACACGGCCGCUGACGAGCCCCACCCUGCGCGUGCUGUCCAGCGACGGCCGGGACAUCGUGUUCGCGCCGUACGGGGAGUACUGGCGCCAGCUCCGCAAGAUCGCCGUCACGGAGCUCCUCUCAGUGCGCCGCGUCCUCUCCUUCCGCGCCAUCCGCGAGGAGGAGGUCGCCGCCAUGCUGCGCUCAGUCGAGGCGGCCGCCGCCGACGGCCGCCCCGUGCAGAUGCGCGCUCGGCUGUCCGCGCUCAUGGCCGACAUCACGGUCCGCGCCGUGAUUGGCGAUACGUGCAAGGACCGCGACGUGUUACUCCGGGAGGUCGACCACGUGGUUGAGCUCGCGACGGGGCUCAACCCAGCCGACCUGUGGCCGUCGUCGUGGCUCGUCGGCCGGCUGUUCGGCGGCUCCGUGCGCCGCACCCAGGAGGUCCAUGACACCAUGUUCAGAGUCAUCGACGGCAUCAUCCAGGAGCACCUGCUGGAGAGGAAGGGCGAGGAAGAAGCACAGGACCUGCUUGACGUGCUGCUGAAGAUACAUAAAGAUGAUGGCGGGCUCGACAUGCUUGCCGUUAAAGCCGUCAUCUUCGACAUCUUCAGCGCCGGAAUGGAGACGUCUUCGACGGCGCUGGAGUGGGCCGUGGCGGAGCUGAUCAAGAACCCGAGGGUCAUGGCGAAGGCCACGGCCGAGGUACGGCGAGCCUUCGAGGCCGGCGGGACAGUGAUGGAGCAGGCGCUCGGGGACCAGCUGCCGUACCUGAGCCUCGUCAUCCGCGAGACGCUCCGGCUGCACCCGCCGUUCUCGCUCCUCCUCCCGCGCGAGUGCCGCGAGGCGUGCCAGGUGCUCGGCUACGACGUGCCCCGCGGCACGCAGGUGCUAGUCAACGCCUGGGCGCUGGGCCACGACAAGCGGUACUGGCCCGACGCGCCGGAGGAAUUCCGGCCCGAGCGGUUCGAAGGCGAAGAAGGGUCGGCGGCGGGGAGAGACUUCAGGGGCACCGACUUCGAGCUCCUGCCGUUUGGCGCCGGGCGGAGGAUGUGCCCUGGGAUCUCCUUCGGCCUCGCCAACGUGGAGCUCCCGCUUGCCAGCCUGCUGCUCCACUUCCAGUGGAACGUCGUCUCCGGCUCGGCUGAGCAGUUCGACAUGACUGAGGCGUUCGGCGCCACCACUCGCCUGAAGGCCAACCUCCUCCUGCGCCCCGUCCUGCGCGUGCCUCUUCCCCGACUUUAAUGGACGACGACGCGCGCCAUUGUUUUUCACAAGAUAUGUAUUCAAUCACCUUGUUGCUUGUGUCAUUUGAUUCAACUCCUUCACAUGUA